AUGACUGCAACCGCUACUUCAUCAUUUUCCGGAUUACAAAGGAAUUUUAAGGGGUUUAUAAGGGUCCUGAAUUAUGCUGCUUGUGAAUGGAUUCUCAUCUUUCUUCUUUUUGUUGAUGCUGCCUUUUCUUACAUGCUCACCAGUUUUGCACGACACUGUGAGCUGCAAAUUCCUUGCAUUAUAUGCUCGCGGCUCGAUCAUGUUUUCGGGAAGGUAAUAAAAGAUGGAUAUUAUCGGACUCUGUUUUGCCGCAACCAUAGAUCGGAGCUUUCAUUCUUGCUUUCCUGCAACAUCCAUGACAAGCUUGUCGAUGGUCGCGGUAUGUGUGACGAUUGUCUCUCGUCAAGCGUUGAGGGACUCGAAUCCAACUCCGAUAUGCAGAGACUCUUUGCAGGAAAAUUGGGGUAUGAUGGGAAUUGCGGUUCCAGAAGCUCGGUUCUCAAUCUAGGCAUAAGGUUGUGCCCAUGCUGCGGUAAACCUUGGGUUUCAAGACCAGGUUCCCAUGGAAUGGCUGAUGCGAAUCGAAACAUCCCUUUUCCUUGUACCUCAAGUCCUAAUGACUUGAAGAAGAUGAGCGAUAAGUGUUGUGUAUCAGCAGCUUCUCAUGUAGGAGACACUGAGCUGAAGAUCACUUCUGAAUCGAAAUCCGGGUUUCGGUCAGCUAAUAAUCACAAUGGCAACAGCAAAGUUUGUGAUAUAAAUGAGACUAAAAACAGCUCAAUCGAUAAUAAAGAGAAAGUAAGAGAUGAGAAGGCUAGUUUCAAUGGACUUCCUGAGCUUAUUUCACUUGAUGGUUCUCCUUCUUCAUCUGGCCUUAUGGAAGUUCCAAGCUUCAAUGCUUCAUUACUGCCUCAUCUUGUUUCUCUGGUUGAUACUUCGAAUUCGGUUAAUGCUAAGGUUGUUCAUCUUGAACAAUUUUCAGACAAUUGUGCUUCUGCAUCAAGUAAAAUUGAAGAUAUUUCUGUCAAUAACAACAAUAAAAUCAUGAAGGUGAUGAACACGUCAACCAGAGCCCGUUUCGAAAUUGGUCAAGUUGUUAAUGAUACAUCAAGGUUAAAUUCAACUGAUAGAGACCGAACUGCGGCCGAGUUUGUUACCAAAUAUAUGCCAGCUUACAGUGAUGGUGCUAGUGGAGAUCUUAAGUCAUCACCAGCAACUAAAAUUGAACAUAUUUCUCUCAACAGGAACGGUGAAAUCUCAAAGCUGAUAAGCAACGAAACUCGAACCGGUCUCGAAACUGGUCGAGUUGUAGAUGACACUACCAUAGUAAGAUCAACUGAUGGAGAUCCGAAUGCAGUCCAAAUGCUGCCUGUCAGUGGUGAAGGGAAAAGUGCAUCAGAACUUGAUGCUAAUGUAGUUCAUGAAGAUCUUAAGUCAUUACCAGCACAGAAUUCUUCUGGAGAAGGGAAUCCAUUAUCGUUGAACUAUUUAAGUCCCGAGUUACAAGAUCGUGCAGUUGAAUUGCUGAGAACCGAUUCCAUUUCUGUUGAGGUUCGCAAUCUUCAGAACCUAUUCAUCGAGGCAAUAAGUGAAUCCCCUGGCCUUGAACCUUUCGACGAAAGCAGAGUCAUCGAAGGUGAAAGUCAAGCUGAUAGGCUAAAUCGACAAGUCGAGGAUGCCAGGGAGUACAUAGAUGCAUUAUCUAAGGAAUUAGAUGAAGAAAGAAAUGCUUCUGCAAUUGCUGCAAAUCAGGCAAUGGCCAUGAUCACAAGGUUACAAGAAGAGAAAGCAGCUCUCCGCAUGGAGGCCCUGCAGUACCUGAGGAUGAUGGAACAACAAGCCGAAUACGACAACGAUGCCUUGGAAAGAGCUAACGAUCUUCUUACAGAUAAGGAGAAAGAAUUAGAGAUUGAACUUAAUACCAUAGAACCAGAAUUCCCCGAGGCUUGUGUAGUUGACGAUCAACCUGUAGUCAUAACCGCAUGGUCGGAGAUCGAAGACGAGAAGUCAUUCAUCUCUCAUUUGUUGCAAAAGUUGGAGAAGAAACUUAACAGGCUUGCUCAGUAUGGGGCUCCUCCACAAGAAAAUUCCAAUAGUGAACACUCCGACGAUGAAAAGGAUCAUAAACGAAAGCAGAAAGUUUUGUCGAUGGCUAAUCGAACCGGUCCUUCUCAAGAGAGUUCAAGUACUUCAGCAAGCAAAGAUGAAGUGGUCAGCAAGGAAAAUGGUGAUACGGUUUCAAAUGGGGAGGAUGAUGGAGAAGAUUGUAUAGAAAAUGGGUUGGAAGCUCUUGAAAAUGAAAUUUUAGAGCUCAAUGAGAGGUUGGAAGCACUAGAGGCAGACUGUAGUUUUCUUCAGCGUUCACUAAAUUAUAUUAAGAACGGAAAAGAGGGGCUGGUUUUAAUUCAAGAGAUACUUCAACUAUUACGAGAAGUAAAGGAAAUCGGGUUGAAGACCCUGAACUCGUCUGUUUUAUGA